AUGUCACGUUUAAAUCGUUUAGAUUUAAUGCAAGGUUUUACACCUGUUGAUAGAUUUCUACAAAGCCACCGGUAUUCGUUUGACUUGCGCGUCACGCCCAUUUGGCUGGCGUACGCGGCCCUGGACGCAUACGUGCUGUACUACAACUACCUGACUGCGUCCGGUUACAUGGGCGAGUCGUUCAAAAAAUGUUUCGAAGAAUCGUACUGCUUCGCGGUCAUCGAGCUGGUCAACAGGAACCUGGGCCCGUUCACGGCGCUGCUCUGCACCAUGUUCUACGGGCGCCGGUACAAGGUGGCCGCGCUAGCCGGCACGGAGCGCGUGCUGGCCUUCAUCCGGGAAACGGACCAGGACGCGGCCGCGCUGCUGUCGCCGGCCGCCAAGUACUACUCGGCCGCGGUGAUCGUCGCGUACUGCGGGUUCCUAUACAUGUACACGGUCGUCCAGCCGGUCUUGGUGAUGGCCAUGUUCUGCGUCAACGCGCUGGGCCAGACAACCCUGUACAACCUGGCCAUGUUCCAAUACUACGUGCUGGGUUGCGGUUACGCUCGUGUCAACCGGCUGCUCGAGGCGUCCGCGGCCCGUCCGCUGGCCGACCACGUGGCCCGGUUGACUGACACUUUCAACGAACUCGGCCGGCAGGUGGACAACGUGAACCGUGGGUACGCGCUGGGUCUGCUGCUUCGUUUGCCGUACAGCAUCGUUCGAAUCGUCAUGCUCGUGUUCCGCAUCAUCGAGUACGCGGCUGUCGCUCGCGCCGACCGCGGCCACCCGAUGUCCCGCGUAGCCAUCACGCUGAUAGUCGAACACGUGUGCGAGAUACUCAUGUUCCUGCAGCAGCUCGUCAUAUUCUGCGUCACUGGAACCCGCUUGUCCGACGAGGCCAACAAAACUCUAGCAAGUUUACAAAAAUUAAAACUCCAUCAUGGAUCCCAGCAGGAUUUGAACAUAAAAAAAAAUAUCAAUAUUUUUUGGAUACAAGCAUGUGCGAGAAAAGUAAACGCAACAAUAGGAGGAUUUGUUUUCAUUAACAUGGACUUAAUGAAAGCCAUUUGUGGUAUCAUUGCAACCUAUUUCUUAGUACUUAUACAGUUUAAAUCUCAAAAAGGUAUCUCCAAACCAUUGCAUCUAUCCGAUUAA